AAAAUACAUUGAGGUUUUCCCCUUCUACAGCCCAAAGGGUUAGGAUGAGAUUUUGGGGAUGAGGAGAGGAACAGCAGGUUCAGUUCCCCAUACUGCUCUCCUGGUUACAAGCUGGUUGUAAAGCAAAAUCAUCCCAGUUUGCCCAUCCCUGACAAGCCCCACAUCCCCCCUCAGGGUGGUGGGAGUAGAAUUUCUGCCAAACAUCCCAGCUUUGAGGAUGCUGCACCGUGAUAAACAUUGCAUCCACUCAAAAAGGGUUAAAACUCCUUAAAAGGUGACUUUUACAAACCAGGGACUAGCUGCUUAAAUCCAGCCCCCUCUAAACCAGAGCCCUUCCUCCAGGAGGAAGAGUUGGUGUUUGCUUCUCCCAGUCCUUAAUGAGCUGCUGCAAUUAAACUGAGACAAUAGGCAUUGUCUGUGGAGUCCAGGAUCCACUGGGGAUGACGGGGAGAAAUCCUGUUUGCCAGACCGGGGUAGGAAGGUGCUGGGAUUCUGUCAGCUUUUUAUCCUGGAGAGGACUGCUGGGGUGAGAACAGGUCUCUGUUACCCUUCCAUGGUGCCUUAGCAGCUUCCUCCAUGGCCACAUGAAGGAUGGGGCCACCUCUCCCAAAAAUUCAGCAUCGCUCAAGCGUGAUGCAAAACCAGCACAGUGGCUUGAGGCUUUUGUCUGCCCAGGAGGUUCCCCUUGGGCUGGCAUUGUCCCUCUGGCUAUGGGGAGCGUGGUGUAUCCCCAAGUUAGGGAUGAGAGAGGGUCCCCAGGAACCUCCUUUCUUCUUUUCCAGGUGAGGACACUCUUUGUCAGCGGGUUGCCUCUGGACAUCAAGCCCCGGGAACUUUACUUGCUCUUCAGACCCUUUAAGGGGUACGAAGGGUCUCUCAUCAAGCUCACCUCCAAGCAGCCCGUGGGCUUCGUCAGCUUCGACAGCCGCUCCGAGGCGGAGGCAGCGAAGAACGCGCUGAACGGCAUCCGCUUCGACCCCGAGAUCCCCCAGACGCUGCGGCUGGAGUUCGCCAAGGCCAACACCAAGAUGGCCAAGAACAAGCUGGUGGGCACCCCAAAUCCCAGCACCCCUCUCCCCACCGCCGUACCUCAGUUCAUCGCCCGGGAGCCCUAUGCGCUGGCUCCCUCCCUCCGAGGCUGGUUCUCAGGGCUGGAAGUCCCGUCAGUUCUGCUGAAUGCCGGGUCUCAGGUGUGUGAUGGUGGCCUACAGUCAGUCUUGUGGGUAUUAAUGGAGUCUUCCAAGGUGGCUACUGGGUUGACGUGCUCUCCACAGGACCUCAGUGUGCUGGUAAGGAUGGCUCCCUGCGGGCUUGGCUGCUUUGGGAAGGGGGCAGAGGAGUGAGGAAGUCAACACGAUGUCCCUGAGGGAACAGGCCCUGAGGCUGGCAUGAGCCCGGGGCUGCUCCAGCUAGUGCCCUGCAGAACCAUGGCUCUGCCAUUCCCGCCUUGAUCGCUGUUAUCUGGGGUGAGAGUUUCCACAGCCAAGGAAUGCCUCUCGGCUUUGAAUUACCCCCCCUAAUCUCAUCUCCGUCCUUGCUUCCUGCCUUGGAUCAACAGAGACUGAAUUCCUCUUAACUGCAAAAUGCAACUCACGCUUAACUCCCAGCUUCCCAGUCCCGACCCCGGGGACUGCAGCCAGUGGGAGGAACAAAGUGGGAUCAGUGGGGUUCUUUGUGCCGGGGAUGCUACGGCCUCUCCCUGCAGCCAUUUCCCUGCUUAACAACUGUCCUUAGAGCAUGAUCCUGACACGAAUUUCCAAAACAAGCCUCCCUCUUCCCCCCUACCUUGCUUCCUUCCUUCCACGAAGGAAGAGAGAUUAACCAAAGUCCUUUUUCCUCUAUCACAGCUGCUCUUUUUUUUAACACCUCUCUUUGUUGUUUCAGGCUUGAAAAAAAAACCUCACACAAGUUUGGAUUCCUCCAAGACUUUCCCACAGCCUCUAUCACACAUCUGCUCUCCUAGAAGAAAAAAGAAAAACAUACCUAGUAAUAAUAUUUUCCUCUUUUACACUGUAUAUUUGUAAGGAAAGAGUGUGUUACUCCCGAAAGCAUGGUUUGACAGGCAUUGUUGUAGUGUUUGAAAAGGCUUUUCAAAUGGAACCAUAGGAAAGAAGACUACCAAAAAAAAAACAAAAAAAAAAAAAAAAAAAAAAAAAAAAAAGAAAAGAAAAGAAAAAACAAACUACAAGAAAAAACAAAACAAAACAAAACAAGACUAAGUAUUUUUGUACCAAAGCUCCUCAAGAGGACAAUCUUACACCAGGUCGGACCACAGGUUUUGUGCUUGACUUUCGAGGUGUGUAAAGAAGUCUUAUUAUCCCCUGGCCCUGCCAGCUGCACGUGGAAGGCAUGAUGUCCACAAGUGUGAGGAUGUUGACACACACGAUGCGGGUUUGUAGGAACUGUGCUCCUCUGGCACAGGACCUGUGCUCCGGCCGUGUUGGCGAGGCGUCUGCAGACACUACAGUAUUACUGUUUUCUUCCCAGUUGCACCAAAUGGCAAGCAGGCAGGAUAACCAGGAACUUCCUUCCCGUGGGUUUUUUUUUUUUUUUUUACCUUGGGGCUGUGUUCGUGGCUGCUGUGCAAAACUUCCGUGGGGUACAACAGCUAGGAUCAGGGAUGGGCGGGCAGCCCACACACGUAGCAAGGUGACAAUUUGCCUCCUCCUCCUCCUCCUCCUCCUGCCAUGACUGCUCCAAGCUGUUACAGGCAACGUCAACUGCUGUAUGAAAAAACAUACCAACAAAUCCUUGGCUUGCCAGCUUCCUUGAGGUUGGACAUGAGUCCUGAGGGGCUUCCCGUUACACUGAAGCGCUGGCCUGGCCUGUGGUUUUAGUGCCGAUGUUAUGCUGGUCCAGCUGCUCCCUGCGUGGCAUUCCCACGUUUCCACGUGCAAAGAUGAGAAGGGAGGCUGCCAACAUCCUUUACAGAGAUAGAGUACCAGCAAGAGACUGCUUGACAUACUAGUUCUCCUUCUCCUUGCUCCAGGAUGAAUUCAGAAAAAGAAGAGAGCAAAUUGACUCAAAACCUCUAUCAGGAUUCCGUUUCUUGCAAAGGGAAGUGCAGAACUUCUCCUUCCAUUGCCUUUUCCCCAUCUCUGUUCCAGCUGCAGGGAACACUGAGCUCAGCUGCUGCCCAGGGCUCACCAUAGCAGGUUUUUCCCAGCUGUUUGUGGCCUCGUGAAACAUCAUCACCUUUUCCUUUCUCUUUCCUCUUGUCCUGUGGGUGGGCCAAAAUAAGAUGGCUGAGAUUCUGGCUGUCAGGGUGGGACAGGGGGGGAUAAAAAAAAAUGGGAUUUUUCACCAUCAGAAACUGUCCCGUUGGGGUCUUCUGUAAAAAAUGGGCCUGAUAAAAGUGAUGUGAGAAGAAAUCAAAUCCAAGACAAACCUCAGAGCGGCUCCAAAAGGAACGAUACCAGCGUUCCCAAGCGACGGACUAACUCUUUUAGCAAACUAUUUCCUGUACUUUGUCUCGUGGAGAGGAGAGAAGCUUCCACAUUGUCUACUCUGCUUUUGGAAAUAUGUUUAAAGGUACUUUUCUAUUGUAAUUUUUUAAAAAUAAAACCGGUGAUUAUUAUAAGUUACGCGCAGAGCAUCGCUGUGUGCUGUGCAUCCGGCUGGGAACAGGGAGAAGGAUCCC